UCCUUUUAUCAGCUGAGGGUGUACUUCUGUUUCUGACCUUGUUGUUGAAAGAGUCUGAACACCGCAACGUGAAUGAUGCUCUCGUUCAUUUUACACCUGAAUCUCCUCCUCGGUGCCUGUGGUACUUUGCUCUAUGUCAACCUCGGGGACAACGUGACCUUGCCUUGCUACUAUAGUUCCACUGCGAACUACCUGUGCUGGUACAGGCAGGUCGCAGGGGAGCAGCCUCGGCUCAUCUUCUCCUUCUACAAACAUGCGCCUGACGCUCCCACCUUCUACAACAGCUUCACUGAGAAACAGUUUACCCUUUAUGCUGGAGACGGGUUCUACCAUCUGAACAUCUCCGAUGUGCAGUACUCAGAUUCAGCCAUGUACUACUGUGGAGAAACCAACAUCAAGAUCACUAAACUUAACAAAGGGACUUUCUUGGCCUUAAGAGACCAGAGCCGCAUGUCUUUCCUCCAGCAGUCCGACUCGCUGUCCGUGGAGCGAGGAGCGUCGGUCACCCUGAAGUGCACCGUGCUGCCUGGAAACGGCGACGCUGAACACAGCGUCUACUGGUUCAAGAAGGACUCGGCAGAGCCACACCUGGGCCUCCUGUACGUCCACUCCCACAGCGGCCACUGCGUGCAGCCGUCUGGCUCCACCGCGAAGAGUUGUGUGUACAGUUUAUCCAAGAGCGGCGUGAAGCCGUCUGACUCGGGGAUGUACUACUGCGCCGUGGCCUCCUGCGGGGAGAUCAUGUUUGGGAAAGGAACAAAUCUUGAUGUCCAAGGAAGUCCGUGUGAGGUUUACCCCGUCCACAUGCAUCUGGUCAUUGCAGCUCUGCUCCUGUCCGUGGUCCUGAACCUCGUCCUGUUUGGCGUCCUUUUCCAAAAGCUGAGGAGAAAAUAUCUUCAGUCUAAAGGGUCGCAGCGUCAGCAGAGAGCUCCUGUGUACACCUCUGACAUCCAGGUCAGUUCAAACACACUCAUGAAAUGCUUACAGGGCAACAGGAGGGUUAAAAAAAGACAAGCUUGCCUGUUCAGAAUUCUGCUGAAUAAAUGUGUCCUCACUGCAUUUGAUAUGCUUCCUCACUGGAGAAGGUUUUCAUGGUUGCUAUUUACUUGUGCAAUGAGUUGUUCUGGAAGCAGUUUAUAUAACCUGAAAUAAGCAUAUAUACACUCGCCACCACUGAUACUGUGGAGCAUAAAACGUGCCAAGAAAAUCUCAUCCUCAACGGCUGAACUGUUUGUUCCAAGUCAUUUCAUGGUGUUUACACCAAAAUCCAGCAGAAACAGAGACUCAUCAGGCCUUCACAGAGUUUCCCAGUCUUCUACAGUUCAGUUUUGUUGAGCCUGCUGUGUGAAGCAGAGCCUCAGUUUCCUGCUCUCGGCUGACUGCAGCGACACCCAGUGUCUUCCGCUGCUUUAGACCAUCAGCUUCAGACUUCGCCCUCCUGCACACGGUGGCUGUAACCAGUGGUUCUUUCAGGUCUCGUUGCAGUUUUAAAGUCUCAAUCUGUUCAUUCUUUGGGUUUCAACAAAGCAUUUUCACCCAGAGAACUGCUGCUCACUGGAUAAUAUCUUUCAUUUAGGACAACGUCUGCAAAACCUGGGAAUUUAUAUGAGUGAAUAGCUGGGACUAAUCCAAUACAUGGAAAAACAUCAAUCAUUUUUCAACACACUAUCUCACUCAGUAACACAAUUCUGUCAUUAUAAUAAUUUCAUCUUGGUUCUUACAAAACUAAUUACAUUACAUUGAUGUCAGUCAUAUAAUCCAUGAUUAAACUGUUAUGUGGAAAUUCAAGUCAAUACAAUGUCUAGAUAACACUCUGAGUAGCCACAA